UGGAAAUGGAUGCGGCGGUGCGAACGUAGUGCUGAAAUGGCUAAAUUGGCCGUGGCCGUUCUCGCUGUGCCCGGACUUCGUCCAAGUCGCGAUAGAGUUACUUGACUACUGUCUAAAAGCCGCCGACCCAGGUGGCUGCGGUAAUGGAUCAGAUGUGGGUGCAAAACUGCGGAGUGAUAGUGUAACUUCUCAGUGUUGGCUGUACGGCAAGAAGAAGGAGAAAGAGGAGGACAAAUGGUUCAGUGUGAUAGUUCUGUCUCUGGACGAGGCGUGGACCAAAAUCCGCCACGAUCCAAACCUCAAAACUCAGCUUCCCAAACUCACGCUUACGUUCCUCAACUUCCUCUUCAAUUCCGACUGGAAACUCUCGGAGGCAGUAGUUACCCUGAAAAAAGUGUUGGACGAUGAGUCAUCAAAGGAAAUAGAUAAAGAACAAUUUGCAGUCAUGUUCUGCCAAAAGUUGGAUCGGUGGGUCGAAUGCUAUACCGAAACACAAAGCAAAUUAGAAGAAGAUAACCUGCUCGGUGUGAUCAGACUCAUGACAAAACUCGCAUGCAUAUUCAGUUCAGAGAUAGCAGAGAAACACUUCCUACCCCGGUACAUCUCGUUUACAACCCACAAAACCUAUGAAGUCCGAAGGUUAUGUGUCUAUAAAAUUCAUGAGAUGGCCUACGCUAUUAGUGAAUCAGCUGUCGAAACACAACUGCUACCUGCGUUCCUGCGACUGUGCCACGAUAAAGACAGCAAAGUACGUGCACCGUGUCUGCUAGGCAUUGUGGCUCUCUCUAGUAAACUACCAAUGAAACUCCGCAUCACAGUUCUAGCGCCAGUCUAUUACAGACUGCUUGACCGACAGAAUGCCCUUGACAAUAUGAAUCUCUUCGCUGCUUACUUUCCCACGUUUUGUCCUUUCAUCACAACGUUAGCCCAUACGCCAAUAGCUUCGUUGGAACUGAAUCAAAACUGUGAUGUUGUGCUCUCGUACCUGAAUAAUUCCGAAUUUGGAUUUGAGAUGAAUUUCAGCCUGACCAGUUAUAACAAAGGCGGCAUUUGGAGGUUUCAUGAGAACAACACUUCUUGUUUCUCGACCAAGGACUCCGACGAAUCGCCACCCUCGAAGAACAUAGAAGAUCCUUUUGGCUUCAAUGAAUUGAUCCAGCAUGAAGAAGAGUUCAAGAGCUUCCAGUACUGGCGUGAGCCCAUCGACGAUUGCUUCGUACAUCCAGAGGUCAUCGAUAUCAUGAAAGACAAGUGGGCAGACAAUGUUGGAUCGAUGGAAGAUUUCUGGAAUCGGUUAAAUAGUGAAGAAACAAGGAAAAGUAUAGCAAAGAAACCCUUGAAGUCAGCAAGUAUAUCUGUUGGCUCACCUUUAGAAAUAUACGAUGAAGAAAAGAGCAAAGAACUUUCAAUGUUGGUCUCAUCAAAGCUGGUGAAAGCGUACCUGCCUCAGCAGCGAUUGCGCUGGGCCAUGAAUACAACUGCAUGCGACUCGCUGGCAAUAUACUUGCCGCCAGUAGCUUUCACCAUUGGCCCGAAGAAUUGGCAUCUACUUAAGUCAGCCUUCAACCUUCUCGCUGCUCAUGAAGAUUGGAAGAUACGUGCUGCGAUUUCGACGAUCAUCCACGAGUUGGCGUUGAUGCUGUCCAAAGAGCAGACGGAAGAGGAUUUGUUACCAGUUUUUAAGUCCAUCAUGGAGGAUCUCGAGCCAGUCCGCAUUGGCACGUUAAGCCAUAUGGCCUCCUUUCUAGGUAGUUUAAAUUCGUCGGCAAGAAUGACGUUCCUGACACGGUUUCCGGAUUUCCUGUGUCCCGACUUCAGGUUGCGGGAAGUACUGGUCGACCAAUUGGUCCCGGUCGUAUCUCUGUUCUCAGCUUGUGAUAUUCUUACCUUUAUCUUACCAGUUGUCAUCCUAGUGCUACAAGACAAAAUCGCUGCCGUUCGACAGAAAGCGAUUAACUUGGCGUGCGAACUAUCAAUGCAAGUGUUAAGCUAUGACUCGAAACUGUGUGGGAACGUUCUGAAAAAGUUCGUGGAACACCUAGCAAUGAGCACUGAAUGGAGGCACCGACAAACGUUCGCCAACCUGGCUGCGCCGCUCUGCAUAAAUCGAGCAGCGGGCAUGAAUAGUCUGUCGUCCACUGUCUUCCCGCAACUCUUCAACCUGUGCAAUGAUAAGGUCGUCAACGUUCGGAUAGCCACAGCCCGAACACUGAGAGAUAUCAAUAAUACGAGUGACUUGAGAGAUGUUGUACCAACUCGUGAGAUCAGACGAUCAUUACGCCUCCUAGCCCAGGUCGAUGAAGAUCCUGACGUCCGAGAACUCUCGCUCUUCGAGUGGUCGUGAGCGGUCAGCGCUCCUUGCAGAUGUUUUCUGUGCCUCGCGCGACUCGCAGUACUCAGCCUAAGGGAAGUCUUGGACCCUGGAGAGUUUAUGUCUCUACCGUACGGAGAAGAGUCAGGGACCAAACUGUUCUGAAGCUGCCUACUUUAGUGUAUCGGCUCUUGUUUUUAAAACACUCUCUAGGAAAUUGGUCCGAAUUCACUGCUCGGGAUUUUUUGAUCCAGCAAGCUAAGUGGGAAACGGCUAGUACAAUCAAGAAUUGCGACUGAAGCCAAUCAGACACCCUAGAACUGGAAUUGCCUUUUAAACUAGGAGCCUGGAGGAAAAUAAAUGAAAUCAGUUCAAAGGAUACAUCACUUUUGGAAAUAAUUGAGGAGUGCAGUGAUAGAAGUAAAAGAAUUUUCAGAAAAUUUUUGGGGUCGAUGUAAUUUAGAAUUCCUUGUCGAUGAUUGUCUUGCAAGAGAUUUUAGUUCAUCUUGCAUCACCGCAACCGUGAGAUGAUUUUUUUAAUUCAUAUCUUCCCAUCUUGUCUCAAGUUACCACUGUCCGUACAUUUCCAAGUGUUAUUUUCUCUUGAUAAAUUGAUGAUUUUAACUGUUGAUUUUGACAAAUUAUGUUUCAAGGUGUUUAGUCGCUACUUGAUGCUCUUUGAAAAAAUAGAGUCAGUCCCGAGUGCUAAGUUUUUCGGGUAAUAACAGCUAUCUAGUAAGAUUUUGAUGUUAACUAGUCAUCAGACCGAUUUUAUUCACUCUUAGAUUUACUCUUUUGAACUGUUGUGUCCGCAUGAAUUUGAUAACUUAUCAAGACACAUAAUUUCUGAGAUCUAGAACCUGUUGUCACUGCCAACAGAUACGAAAAGUUUGGUUUUUAUUACCUACCUUAUCAGACGAGGUAAUAUUUUUUUUUCUUGUACUGUUAUUAUGAACCAAAUGAGGCGCUUAAAAGCUGUUCUCCGGUAGUCCUUCAUCAUGUUAUUCAAUUAUGAGUGUCAAAUGUGACACAUUUUUACUAUCUUUUUUUAUUUUUUUAAAGUAGCUCUGUGAAUUAGAUAGACGAAAAAAUACAACUUAAUAUCCGUGCCCUCUCCCUAUUCUUACAUCUCGCUAGUAACGAGUGUGUAAAAUUAAGUUGGGUGCUAUAUAUUUUUUUAUCCGCUGUUUUGCUCUUUGAAAUCAGGAAAGUUCAUGAGAUUGUUGUUGAAAUGGUUAAGGAAAUUUUCUGGAAAUUUGCGCCAACAAUUUCAAAAAGAGAGCGAUGAGGCUAAAUUUUCGUGAAGGUCUUUAUGAAAGCACAUGAACUCGACUAGAAUGAAUGGUAAUGCGGUGAUGUAAUGUUUUGGAGAGUCAGCUCUGUCCAGAAUUGAAAUACUGGUCAUUUGCCUUUGAAUUUUACUCCAGCAUCCUAUCUAGCAAAUAGUUUCGUCUCAAUCUGUGAUAAUGAACAUUUAUUAACAAUUUAAUUUUUUUUUUUUCAUGGGCCUUUAGCGUUAUGCUUUCAAAUCGUAGUCUGAUGUCAUGAUGGUGGACUUUCGCCUGAAAUUCAUGUACUCUUCCCUCUUUUGUUCGGUUGACCGUUGGAUGUUAAUGCAUGAAUAUGAUAUUAGCGAUUGUUAGAAUAAAAAUACUCAGUUGCCCUUGGCGAUCAUCGUCUAAUUGAUGAAAUUCGGCAGAGGGAAGAGCGUGUAACAAAAUUUAAAUCUAAUCUGCCAAUUAUUAAAAAGAUGAACCAAACUUAUCAUCAGUUUGGCUGUGAUUCGUUUUCUUAUAUUUUUAUACCUUUAUUAAUCGUUAUUGUAAUUUGUUGCUCCCUUCUGGAGCACGGGUCACCCUGUAACUCAUUAAUCAAGACUGAGUUUGUCUGUCCGUGCUGCGGAACUGGGACCCGCUUUUAAUUAGUCAAAUGGAUGGCAUUUCGCAAAAAGGAACUACAAUUUCUGGUUUAUCUGUAAAAACACUUAUGUGCAUAGGGAAACUAAUAGUACAUGCGUUGUUUAUCAAUUGAGCUAGAUAUUGUUGUUCCUAAUUGCAAAAUGUAGUCCAAAUUUAGGUAUUAAGUGUUUUUUUCCAAUGAUUCCUAUCGGCCAACUGCCAUCCGGUACUAGUGUGUUCUUUUCGACUCUCAAAAGAUUUUUCACUCCCUCCCCCAUUUCUGUCUCCUACCCUUGUUCAGUCAGAGGUCUAACUUUUUUGCUGAAAUUGUUGAAUUAAUGUCUCUCAAAUUUUUAUCACAGAACGUUUCAGCCUUGUAAUGCUAGGGUUUCUUGCAGUAAUCGUUUUCUAAAAUGUGAUCUUCCUCCUUCUAUGCGUUACUUCUUUUGUGUGAUCCUUUACAGUAAGGUUAUUCAAAAUUUGUCAGCAAUUAAUGCCGGAGCCUAAUUUGCAUUGUAACCUAACCCAACUCCCCCUUCUUUUAUUUGUUCUAUUUUCUGCAGAUGAAUCCAUUGAUUAAUUUCAGAAUUACAUGAUUUCUCCAGCCAAGUAUGAAAGUGCGGCUCGGAUUAGCUAGUUUUUUUUUGUUUUUUGCGUAUGUUGCGUUUUCCUGAUCAUUACUCAAUUAUCACCACUACUUUUUAAUUAUCAAUUAUGUUGAAUAGUUAUUCUCUGCUUCAAUUCAAGAGUCAUCCAUCAAUGGUUAAUUGUUGUUUUCUUACGCGUACUAUUUUCUUUAAAAGUAAUGAUAAAUAAAUUGGACAUUCAUCACUGUGCCAGUAACAUGCAAUUGGUGCUGUCUAUCAGCCAAAAUAGAGUUUCACCUUCUCUUUUAUCACGCAGCAGCUGUAUCAAUAGCGAUUUAAAAGCAGUGUUGGCAACCAUUACAACUACCAUUACAGACUUAAAUGUAAUGUAAAUGUCAGCUGCAUUUUUUAUUUUAAUAUUCUUGGAAGCACUUGUACGAACAGCAUGGUGAUGAAUGCGUCUAAUUCUUAAGGGAACAAGAUGCCAUACGGUUUUGAUAAUUCUGUAUACUUCAGUUGUUUUACAAUUCUGAGCAGAUGGCCACUCAUAUGUACAUCCUGUCUCUCUACCACACCCUCACCCUUUCUUUCAGUACUACUCGGCACCAAACUGUUCCUUAAUGUCUUCUGUCUUGGUUAAGUUUAUGUAUGAUAUCUGAUAUCAAUGUAUUAUUGUGCUGCUGAAGAUCUGUUGUAAAGCUAUCGUAAGCUGGCGAUAUCUAUUAUUUGCAUUCAGGAUUGGAACUGCUGUCAAGUCAGGAGUCAUCACGAGGCUAGUUCUGUAAUUUUCGCUUUUUGGAAUAGCGUCUUGUAAUAAUGUAUUUUCCCCUCCAAAAUCAAUGUCUUUUAGUUUGGUGCCGGAGUAUUAUAGUAACAAAUGCUCAAUAAUUUUUGCCCUAUUUGAAAUUCGUUGAACUUACAUGAGAUCACAAACCCAUUUUUGAAAUUGUUAUUUUUAAUCACUGUAUAGAAAAAAAUAAAUUUGAUAUUUUAUUUUA